GUAGGAUUUGUAAACUGUUCUCUCACAUGAUCCGAGUUGUCUGGAGUCUGCGGGAGACAGUCGCGCGGACACAGCGGAGGAGAUGGCCGAAAGACGCUGGAGCACGAGACUGCUGGCUUUGACUGGCAUCCUCGCGACACUGGCGAGCUGCGACACUGUUCCCUGGCAGGAGAAGAAGCUAAAACAUGAAGCAACCACACUGAGCUCCAGUGAACUGAGCAGUAUCAUAGCUCAUACCGAUCUGGACCGAAUGUGGAAGAAAGACCUGAAGCCCAUGCUUGUUGUGCGGUACCCUGGUUCAACUGGAAGCCAACACGUUCAGCAGCAUAUUAAAUCAACCCUCGGCUCGAUGAAUGCGGGAUGGGAAGUGACAGAGGACGCCUUCUACGCUCAUACUCCUUACGGCCAACUUCCCUUUACCAACAUAAUUGCUACUCUCAACCCUGCUGCAAAACGUCAGUUAGUGCUGGCCUGUCACUUUGACUCCAAAUACUACCCUCCGCAGUGGGACGGCCGCGAGUUUUUCGGAGCAACGGAUUCUGCUGUGCCCUGCUCAAUGAUUCUGGAACUGGCAAGAGCCCAAGAUGACGAACUAAAGACCCUGAAGGACUCUGGGUCAGAUCUGUCUCUGCAGUUAUUGUUCUUUGAUGGAGAGGAGGCUCUUUAUCAGUGGACCUCUGAAGACUCUCUGUACGGAUCUCGUCAUCUAGCCCACAAAAUGGCGACAACACCACAUCCACCGGAAGCCACCAACACCAGCCAGCUCGACAGCAUUGAUCUGUUUGUUCUACUGGACUUGAUUGGAGGUCCUAAUCCACGCUUUGGUAAUCAGUUCUCUAGUACGACCCGAUGGCUUUCCAGACUACAAAAUAUUGAGCGUCGGCUGCAUGCGCUCGGUCACCUACAGAAUCACCCUAAUGAGGUUCAGUACUUCUGGCCUGGCCUGCAUGUGGGUCUAAUUCUGGAUGACCACAUACCAUUUCUCAACCAAGGGGUCCGAAUUCUUCAUCUCAUUUCGACUCCUUUCCCUUCUGUGUGGCACACUUUUGAUGACAACGAGGAUAACCUGGAUCGUACCUCCAUCGGAAAUCUCAACAAGAUCCUGCAGGUCUUUGUUCUUGAGUACCUCAACAAGAAAAUUCAGAGCCCUGUCGCUGAAAGCUCCUAAUACUCCCAAACCUGACCAUCAGACCCCUAUGACAUUUCUCAUACUAAGCAUUACAAUUUAGCCAGUUUCACCAAUUCCAGGUUGUUUUUGACACAAUUUUUGUCACACAAUCAGUUUUGGUCACAUAAUCAGUAUGUUCUUCUGUAAUCUUUGAGUUCCAACCAGAUGCACAAUACUGCAACUGAGGCUGCAUUUGUCUUUGGACUGUUAAAAUUCAGAAGACAUUUAAGUGAUUCAGGAUCUGACUCGGUAUGCAGGGUUCACUGUGUGUCAGGAACAGUGUUUGUUUUUUUGUCCCCUUUUCAUGCUGUCCCUGUGCAACAAAACCAGGACAUGACGGCAAAACGAAAUACUUACAAAUAAAAUGUUGGUACUUAAUAUCUUAUUUUUGCUGGUUAUAUACAUAAAUAAUAGAAUUUAUAGUAGCCUUAUACUGUGUAGCCUUUUUGACUUUAAAUGUACAUUUAUGAAUCAUCAAACAUGUAAAGAAUCACAGUGUUUCAUGAUGCCCAUGUGGUUCUGCGAGCUGCUGCUAUUGUCAUGUGUUUCAGGUGUCAAUGUGUUCCUCACUGUCCGGUGAGGUCUGAAAUGUUACUUUAAACAUGUAUCCAUUUUAAAUAGCUGAUUAUAAUGCAAAACGGCUAAUAAACAGUUUACAAAGCAGUGGUAAAACCA